UGUUGUGACAUCAUAAGUAUCUCGAAAUUCAUUCGUCCAACAUUGAAAAUGUACACAACAAGGAUAUACUUGCUAGCCAUAGUGGCGCUAGCGUCGGCUGACCAGAUGCAGUGGGUACCGUACGGGAACCUUCAAGCAUACAACUUACAAGAGGAUCAGCAGGUUCAACCAAGUGAAUUCUCAGGGGGCUAUAACUUCGGUGAUGAAGGCAGUUCCUUAGGUGAUCACGGUAGUUCAGGCCACGAUUUCGGGGGUCAAAGUUUUGGCGGUCAUGAUUUUGGCGGUCAUGAUCUCAAAGCACAUUCGUAUCCAGUACAUCAACACGUUGAAGAAGAGAAUCCUGAACCGGUAAAGCAUUACAAAGAGAUAGUUGUACCGGUUCAUAAGAAUGUGGAGUUUAAAAUUAACCAGCCUGUCUUGAUCCCUGUACCUCAUCCGGUUCCCAUACAAGUGCCGGUUCCUAAAGCAGUGGUUAUACCGAUUAUCAAAGAAGUUUCUAUUCCUGUUGAAAAGUCGGUUCCUUACCCAGUUGAGAAGACGGUGCAUGUUCCAAAGUUCAAGGAUGUUCCGUUUGAGGUUGUGAAACAUAUCCUUGUUCCGGUCGAAAAACCAAUACCUUUCAAAGUACCUGUGUAUGAAACAAUCAUACAUACAAAGAAGGGAUCACAUAAGUUUUAAUUUUUAACAUUAUUGUGUGU